CCGAGCGCCGCCGCGCUGCCGGUGCCCGCUGCGGGCGGGCCGAGGAUGGCCCUGUCGCGGGGGCUGCGCUGCUGCCAGCGGGCGUUCGCCUGGGUGCCCGUCCUUAUCAUCGCCCUCGUCGUCCUGUGGUCCUAUUACGCCUACGUCUGCGAGCUGUGCCUGAUGACUCUCAGCAACCCUGCAGAAAAAGUGGCCUAUCUUAUAAUAUUCCAUAUUCUCUUUGUGCUCUUUGUGUGGACAUACUGGAAGUCUAUUUUUACUCUCCCGGUUCAGCCAGGCAAAAAGUACCAUAUGUCCUACGCUGACAAAGAGCGCUAUGAAAAUGAAGAAAGGCCAGAGGUGCAGAGGCAAAUUCUUGCUGAAAUUGCGAGGAAGCUGCCAGUGUACACGAGAACGGGGAGCGGAGGUAUUCGAUUCUGUGAUAGAUGCCAGCUAAUAAAACCAGAUCGUUGCCACCACUGUUCUGUUUGUGCUAUGUGUGUCCUAAAAAUGGAUCAUCACUGCCCAUGGGUGAAUAACUGCAUUGGAUUCUCUAACUACAAAUUCUUUCUACUCUUCUUAGCCUAUUCUUUGUUGUAUUGCUUGUAUAUUGCUGCAACAGUCUUCAAGUAUUUCAUUAAGUAUUGGACAGGUGAACUGACUAAUGGACGUUCCAAAUUUCAUAUCCUUUUCCUUCUCUUUCUGGCGGUUAUGUUCUUUGUUAGCCUUAUGUUUCUGUUUGGCUACCAUUGCUGGCUCGUCAGUAGGAACAGAUCUACCUUAGAGGCUUUCUCAACUCCAGUAUUUCAGAAUGGCCCGGAUAAAAAUGGAUUCAAUCUUGGCUUUGUAAAGAAUCUUCAGCAAGUGUUUGGAGAAGAAAAAAAGCUGUGGUUACUACCUAUUGCCUCCAGCCAGGGUGAUGGACAUUUUUUUCCAAUGAGAGCUUUGUGUGAAGCUCAGAAUCCUCUUCUGUCGAAUGAAGAGCAGUGGGAAGAUGACGGAAUAGAUGAGGAGCCUCAUGAUUCUGGUGAAGCUGCGUCCCUUGCCAUAGAAAGGGAGACAUAGCAGUUUGAAAAUGGCAGCAGUAGAAAGCUUGUUCAGAAAGCCUCCCUCUCAGGAGUCACCAUCCCUUCUCUCUGCAUGGACUUCAGUUUUGAGAGGCAGAAGAUAAGUGGAUCUUCAAGAUGUAGAAGCAUUGAGAAGUAUCAUUUGAUUGGAAUCUGCAUUCUAGAGUGCUUCUCCAGAAAUCCUGCUAACCAGAUGUUUCAAGGCUUUAUAAGUUUAAGUUAUGGAGUGAACGGAACAGUUUUACAGAGUG